CAAGGUCAGUCCCAGAAGCAGUUACUGAGUAGAGCAGGAGUGCGUACAACACAGAGCAAACAAAACUGCUGCUUUUAUAAAUGUGUUCGCUGCGUUUCUGAGUCUCUAGAAUGUCACUUCUGGGUUAUGCGGUUCUGCUGUUAUGUUGGAUAUAUUGUGCUGCACAAAGAGCCUGUGAAGAACCCCCUCCUAGGAGAGUUAAAGAGAUACCUAUAGAAACAUGGGACAAGCCUCCCUAUCCUCACGGCACUCAAGCAGCAUACAAGUGUCGGCCUGGCUAUAUAAAAGUUGGACGGAUUGUAUUUGAGUGCACUGAUGGAGCUUGGGAACAACCCUUCCAGUUGCUGGAGUGCAGACCUAAGCCCUGUGGACAUCCUGGAGAUAUUCAGUUUGGUUCAUUUGAACUUACCGCUGGAGAUCAGUUUGUAUUUGGUGCCCGAGUUGAGUACAGAUGUGAUGAGGGAUACCAGAUGCUCAACCUAAAAAAUUACCGUGAGUGUCAGGCAGAUGGAUGGAGCAACAGUGUCCCUCACUGUGAAGUGGCAAAGUGUUUACCAGUACAAGCACCAGCAAAUGGACGAAUAAUUGUGACCGGUGUGUUUGAGUUAGACCAAGAAUUUUCCUUUGGCCAAGUAGUAAAGUUCGAAUGUGAUAAAAAUUACAAGCUUAUUGGAUCUAAAGAAGUACACUGUUCUUCAAAUGGAAAGUGGAGUAGUGAUGUACCUCAGUGCCAAGAAACUACCUGUGAUAGGCCAGAAAUUCAGGAUGGAUAUGUGGAAUCUACAAAGGCAUCUUACAAAAAGUCUGAACGACUGCGGUUUUCCUGUAAUAAAGGAUACAGACAUGGUGAUAAAGCAGAAGUAGAAUGUACUGACUUAGGAUGGAGUCCAACCCCCUAUUGCACCGAAGUUCUAUGUCCUCCUCCAAGAAUUCCCAAUGGGAUCUUCAACCCUCGAGCAAAUGUAUACAGAGAAGGCAGUGAGAUCACCGUGGAAUGUAAUUCUGGAUAUCACUUUAAAGCAGUCACUGGCCAAAACACAGCUCAAUGCACCAAGGCCGGCUGGGCACCUUCUCCAGAAUGUGUUGCAAAACCAUGUGACUACCCAGUUAUAGAAAAUGGUGAAUUAAGCGAAGCUGUGCAGCGAAAUGCACACAUAUAUUUUCCGAUGGCAAUUGGGCAGCAAGUUGAUUACCACUGUCAUGAUGGUUACUCAACCCCAAGAGGAGACAUCUGGGUUCGAAUCAGAUGUUAUGCCUCAGGCUGGAGGCCAGAGCCAGAGUGCAUGAAAAUAUGUCGUGUGAAGCAGUUGGAAAAUGGUGCUUUCCUAACAAGAAACAAGUAUGUCUAUAAGGAAGGAGAAACAACUAAAUAUUCCUGCAGUGCUGACUAUACCCCAGAAAAAGAACGUGGUCAAGUUACAUGCACCAAGAAUGACUGGUCGCCUCCUCCAAGAUGUAUCCGCAAGAAUUUGUGCCAGUAUAUACAGUUUGACCAUGGUUAUUUGACUGUGAGACAGCCAACAUACAAUUUGCAGCAGGUGGUGAGCUACACAUGUCUUGGUAACUAUGUGACUGCAGAGAGGCGAAGAACAGGACAGACAGCGUGUCAGAAGGAUGGCUGGACACCUCCUCCCAAGUGCAUCAGACCAUGUAGUACGUCUGGCUUUAGGAAUCUGAAUUAUCACAGCAGUAGAACUCUGUUUCUUCCUGGAGACACACUUGARUACACAUGUGCAGAUGGAUAUCAAACGGCAAAUAAUAUGACGACUGGUACUGCAAGAUGUAACAUGGACAGUGAAUGGAUCCCAGAGCCCCAGUGCCUUGCAAUAGAAUGUGAAAAGCCAAUACUGUCCCACGGAGAUGUUUCCCCGAAGGCAGAUAUAUAUCAGAAUGGAGCUGUUGUGGAAUUUACUUGUGYGGCAGAUCAUGCCAGAGUGGGACCUUUCUCUGCUCAAUGCUAUUACUUUGGAUGGUUUCCAUCACCACCAAUAUGUAAAGUUGACCCCAGAGACUGUUUGCCUCCACCUGAGAUUGUCAAUGGAAGUAUUAUUGGUGGCUUUGAGGAACCGUAUCAUCAUGGGCACAGAACAGAAUACGAAUGCAAUGAUAACUUUAAAAUGCUUGGAUCAAAGGAAAUAGAAUGUGUUGACGGACAAUGGUCAUCUCGUCCCUCUUGCAUUGAAGAUAAAAUGCCAUGUGGAUCACCUCCUUCUGGGCUGAAUGUGAUUGUCUAUCGGCAAAAACAAGCCCAGUUUUCUCAUGGUGAUGAAGUAACUUAUAAAUGUAAAGCAAGAAAAGAAAUUUAUGGGAAACUAAAAUGUCUUAAUGGAGAAUGGAAACCUUUAACUUCUUGUGGAGGUCCAUCUCAGAAGUGUGCACCUCCACUGGGUAUCAACAUAGUGAAAACUGAAAAUGUUCCCAGGCCAAAUAAGGAGACCGAAGUCCACAAAAUUAUAUGGUAUACAUGCCAACCAAAUGACAGCAGUGUUAAAAAAGCUACUUGCAUAUUUGGAAAAUGGUCACCUGAGAUUGAAUGCUUCGCUGAGAAGUUGUGCCCACCUCCACCUCAGCUGCCUGGUGCUCAACCGAUACCAGUUGAAAGAAAUUACAGAAAUGGGAGUAAAGUAACGCUUUCAUGUCUGGAGAAUUUCCAGCUUGAUGGUGUGAAUGAAAUUACAUGUAUCCAUGGAAAAUGGCAAUCACCACCACGCUGUAUUGAAAGGCCAUGUUUGCCACCACAAUCUAUAGAAUGUGCUGAAGAUCCCAGGCUGGAAAAUCCAAGUUUAAGAGUGGAAAAAGAAGGGAAAACAACUUAUCUGGCUGGUGCUAAAUUUAAGUAUGUUCCUCGUUCUGGAUUCAUAUUAGAUGGACAAUCAGAGAUAACUUGUUCUAUGGGAACCUGGACUGCCUCUCCUACAUGCACUGAAAUGUCAUGCGGAAGUUUCCCAACAGUUGACAAUGCCCAAAUAGAAGGAAGAAUCAAGAAAAUGUAUGAGCCUGGAGAAACUAUUCGCUACCAGUGUGAUGCUGGGUUCUUGACAGUUGGCAACCCAGAAAUUAUUUGCAGAGCAGGAAACUGGACAGCACCACCCUACUGCGAAGAUGUCACCUGUACAGCCCCACCUGUAGUUCUCGGGGCUUCUACUGGGAGCAGUGAAGCCAACAGGUAUCUGCCAGGUGCCAGAGUGCAAUAUGAAUGUGAAACCAACUUCCAGAUUGUAGGUGUAAAUUACAUCAUUUGUACAAAUGGACAAUGGUCCCAACCACCAACUUGCAGAGAUUUGAAAUGUGAACCCCCUCCAGAAAUUGCUGGUGGUAAAGUUCAAGGUGUUAGRAAGUCCAAGUACAUGCCUGGGGAGAGAGCUCGGUAUCAGUGCUGGCAGGGUUUUCACAUGACUGGCGAUUCCACUGUAGCCUGUGAGAACGGGACCUGGACGAAGAGGCCAAAAUGCACAGGGAGAGACGAAAAAUGCGGCCCACCUCCAGCGAUUGAGAAUGGAGAUCUCCUUUCGUUUGCGCAGCAAGAGUACGCAUCAGGUGCAACUGUGSAGUACAAGUGCCCAAGUCUCUAUGUCCUGGAAGGAUCUCCCACUAUUACAUGUGUUGGGGGGCAGUGGACAGAUCCCCCUGUUUGCUUAGUGGCGUGUACGGCAUCUGAAGAGGWCAUGGACAGAAACAACAUCRAGCUGAGAUGGAYYGCAAGGAACAAGCUGUAUGCAGAAUCUGGUGACUUUAUUGAGUUUGAAUGUAAAAUUGGAUAUGUGCGGGACCCAGCCUCCUCUCCAUUCCGAGUACAGUGUGUAGAGGGGACACUAGUCUAUCCCCACUGCAAGCCRGGAAGGACGUGUACAGUGCAUGAGAGUGAUAUGGAGAAGAACAAAAUUCAACUAAAAUCAAGCCUGUCACAGUACUCCACCUUUCUCUCCAGGGAAUAUAUUUAUUUUGAAUGUAGACAGUGGUGGCAUACAAAAGCUUCAAGAGAUGAGGAAUUUAAAGUUCAGUGCUUGGAUGGAGAGUUCAAGUACCCCAGAUGCCAAAAUUUUAUUGGAUAAAUCAAAGUGACAUGAAGAAACCUGGCUUCAGAAGGGACAAAUGCCUCCACCAACCCAGUUAUUAGGCUUUAAUGUUAUACGRGAGAUUCUGUUUUGCUGUGCGUUGCGAUGAGCGUAGGCAAUGCUCUGCAUCAGCAUUCCUGGUAUAUGAUUGCCUUUCCCCUUUCUUUAUAACCAUUCCAUAUUGCUUAAAUUGUCACUUUGUUGACCUGUUAUGUCCUGAAUUCAGCUCUCUUUGG